AUGGUGUGGAGUGAGGUUUCUAUCUCUUUCCCAACAUUCACCAUCUCUAUUUCCAUACAGGCAGGAGCAGGGAAACUUCCAGUAGCUGGCAUCAAGACCCAGAUGCUAGCGUUGCCACACCUGGGUCACAUUCUACAAGCUGCACAGCCUCCUGCUGCAGAGCUGCACGAUGAGGCUUUCCUGAGUUGGAAAACAAAGAGAAGAGGAAUGGCAGCAGUGCAGGAAGACUGCAGCAGAAACCUGGAGAGAGCAGAUGACAACAUGAAUAUCCAGUCCAGGAGGAGGAGUAGGAGAAGGAGGAGGUGGAGGUGUAAAGCCAAAGGUACAAAUGGUUACAAGGUGACAGAGAAUCAGGAUGAUCAUCCUGCAGCCUUUAGCACCACUCUCCCCAGAUGCCGAACACGAGCGCUGACGAGGAAGCGAGUGCUGUUUGGCAGAAAAGAACGACUACUCUUCCAAAAUCGAUUGUCUUGUAAACGAGCAGCCUGGGCUGUCACUCAAAAAAAUGCGCUGGUACAGCUGAACGAGCUAAAGCCAGGUCUACGGUAUGAGAUGACUUCAAAGACUGGCCCACUGCAUGCUCCAGUGUUUUCUGUCAGCGUGGAGGUCAAUGGUCUCCACUUUGAAGGCCAAGGAUUGACAAAGAAGCAGGCCAAGAUGAGGGCAGCAGAACUUGCUCUACGUUCAUUCAUCCAGUUCCCAAAUGCCUUGCAGGCUCAUGCCAUCAUGACCAACAUCAACAAUACCCCAAUGGAUUUUACUGUGGAUAACGUGGACGUCCAUGACUCACUCCUUAAGGAGUGUAAGCCAUUGGCGUGUGAAAACUGCGAUGUCCUUUACUACACAGAGGAAAAACAGGAGGUGUUCUCCAGUUUAUACAACCACAGACGACUGAUUCGACUCUCGCUGGAUUUGGUCUCAUCAGCAAAUCCAAAGCAACCAACUCUAAGUGCUCCACUUUUAGAACGCCUCAGUCCAGUGGCACUGCUCGAUAAGUUACGACCAGGCCUCAGGUACUUCUGUCUGACAGAGAGAGUUCAAGGGCAGCCAAUCAAAAGAUUCAUUAUGGUAGUGAGGGUGGAUGGGAGGGUGUUUGAAGGUUGUGGUCACAGUAAACCUUUGGCAAAGGCCCAGGCAGCAGCAGUAGCCCUCCAGUCCCUUUACAACAUAAGACUGGGACCAGAGAGCAAGACAAGGGACCUUCAAGGCAGGAGAACAAAAAAUCAGCUACCUCAGUUCUUUGCAGAAUCCAUCUUCCAUCUGGUGAAAGAGAAAUACAAAGAGCUGACAGACAGUUUUUUGUCGACCUCACAUGCUCACCACAAGGUCCUGGCAGGGAUUGUGAUGACCACAGGAUUUGACCUUGGAUCAGCUCAGGUUGUGUCUCUGGCGACAGGGACAAAAUCUCAUUACCGAAAAAACGCGACCUACCAAUGUGGUUUGACACUCGGCGACUGUCACGCUGAAGUCAUCACCAGAAGAGCGCUGGUCCGAUUUCUGUAUUCACAGCUGGAACUGCUGCUCUUCAAGCCAGAAGAUGGUGAGCAGCGAUCCAUCUUUGUACCAAAUAAAGGCGGUGGCUUCCGGCUGAGGGACGGCGUCCUCUUCCACAUGUACGUCAGCUCAUCUCCGUGUGGAGACGCUCGACUCAACUGCCCAUAUGAGAACACAGCUGCAUAUCCUUCCAGGAGCUUCCGGUCCCACCUUAGGACAAAGAUACAUGGUGGCGAGGGGACGCUUCCUGUCUCAGCCUGGACAACCAAUCAGAAAUGGGAAGGGGUGCUGCCCCAUAAACCUCUCGCUUCCAUGUCCUGCACUGAUAAAAUGGCAAAGUGGAAUGUUGUUGGCCUUCAGGGGGCGCUACUGUCCCACAUGGUGGAGCCUGUAUACCUGCACAGCCUGACAGUCGGAACACUGGCUCACACGGGUCACCUGGCCAGAGCUUUGACUCGUCGCCUUGCACCUGUUCAACACCUGCUCGUCCCGUACCGACGCCAGCAGCUCCUGCUCGGCUGUCUGAGCAGCUGUAAGGUCCGGAUGGUGGGGAAGACGUCGGGCCUCAGCGUGAACUGGAGCUGUGGAGAUGGAGGCCUGGAGGAGAUCAUCAGCUCCACAGGAUGGAGCGACUCGGGGAUGCCAUCACGGCUCUGCAGGCGCUCCCUGUUUACCCGCUGGCAGAAGCUACAGCAGCAGGUGAGCGGUCAGAUAUCAGAGCCAAAAGCUGCAUCCAGCGCGUAUUCUGAGUCGAAGAUGGCUGCUGGGCACUACCAGACAGCUUUACAGCAGUUUUAUGUGGCGCUGCAGAACGUGGGACUUGGUCCAUGGCUCAGAAAACCUCCAGAACUGUCUCACUUCCACACUGGUGUAUGAACCACAUGGAGAUGACGUGUGUCUCAAUUUUUGAUGAAACAGACAGAACUUAGAAAAUUAGCAUAACAAACGUUCAUCCUGCCGUCAGGGUA